AUUCACGGCAGUCGAAGUUCGUCGUCGAUCUACUAGUACUACGUCCGUAUUUUUAGUUGAAAGAAACGUUUCGACGAUGAAUUGUAAAAUGUUUUGACGAUAAUCUGUUAUCAAGAGAUCAAGAUGGCAAGAAAAGCACAAAGUAAUCAAAGAAAAGCCAGUCUCAAGUCUUCACGUCUGAAAACGAAGCAAAAGCAACCCACCCAGAAGGGUAGAGUCGUCAAAGCACGUGAUAAAAGAAAGACCAAGUCAACAACAACAUCAAGUAAAGCAGCAACUAAUGAAGGCAGAAGGUUUAAACGAGAGGCAGAUCAACAAAUCAAGAUCAAGAUAUCUAAGGAAGUCAUUCAUAAGAAGGGGAGAGGUCAGAAGCGUAAGAAGUACAAAAGCACGGAUUAUAAACGAGUCGGACUUGAUCAUCCAACGUCCUCCCCGGCCAUUGCAAAAAUGACUGAGAAUGACCGAAUCAAAGGCGCAAUGAAAGACCUCGCCCUAGGGAAGUUUAAGUUUGUCUCGAAAGCAGCGGCAUAUUGGAGAGUUCACGCAGCAAAACUUUAUCGACGUCACAACGGGGAGGUACCCCUUGAUGCCAAGCGCGGACCCCGCAAAGUUUUACUUGAACAAGAUGAGGAGGACCUGGUCAAUUGGGUGGUAACGAUGGGGAAAAGAGGCUUCCCAGUUGCACCUGGAAUGGUGUGUGAUGCCGUUAAGACAUUCUUCAAGAAAGACGGUAACCCAUUUACAAACGACAGACCGUCCCAUACUUGGUAUCAUAAGUUCGUUCGACGCCAUCCCAAACUUAUGAAGGGACUGAAAAUGUCCAAGAUGACAUCGAUUUGUCGAGCAGAGCUGACAAAUUCUGUGCUUGAUGAAUGGUUUAAUGAGCUUCAGUGUUUUCUAACGGAUUUGUGUGUUGCUGAUAAACCCCGGCAAAUCUGGAGUUACGGAGAAACUGGAUUUGAGAUGAACAAGAGGACAGAGAGAAUCGUCAUGAAUGUCUUAAAGCCGAAAGGAAAAGCUCAAGAUGAUGAGCAUCACCGUAGAGAAAUCAAAAUUUGCAUCUGCGCAAAUGCAGGAGGCGACCUCCUCCCGCCGUUCAUCAUCUGCAAAGGUUUGAAGAAUUCUCACAAGGAGUUUGAUUUCCUUAACGGUGCUCCAAAAGGUGCAGAAGAAUUACUCCUAGAAAGAUCCCAUCCCAACCGAGACAUCUUUGGGUACUGGAUCAACAACUUCUUUGUUCACAAGGUGGAAGAGAAUGUUCCAGUUGUUUUGCUUGUUGAUUUAAACGAGAGCGACAUCACCUACGGGGCCUAUGCCAUCGCCUCGGAACACAACAUUCACUUCUUCAGAGUCCCGCCUAAAGCUGCCGCUCUUGUCCAACCGGUCAAUAUAGGGGAAGACGGACCUUUCAAAUCUAACUGGCUAAUGAAAUGGGUGAAGAGCAACAGACAUGUGUCUGUGAACGUCAGGAAUGUUGGAAGUGUGGUCGGGGAUGCUUGGCAGGAAGCGGAGCAAGGAGAACUCAUCCGAGGCUGUUUCUUACAGGCGGGUGUGUAUCCCUUAGAUCGUGAAAUGGUUGACGAUGAACAUCUCCCAUCCGGGACACUGAAAUUCCUCUCCACCGUCGACCAGUCCCAAGUCGACUUUGACAACGACCAAGCUUUAAAUGAUGACUCUGAGUCUGAGGUGGACAUUCCCGAGAGUGAUCAACCAAUCGCUGCGUUGCUCCUCUUCCAGAAACUCGACGAUACAUUAGAUAAAUCGAAACGAGAACUCUAUCGCACAUGCAUCGAGAAUAAUCUCGACAUCGCAGACUCACCCCUCUUUCCAGUCUGGAGGAAACUCUACCUCGAAGCCUUCAAGAAUGACCCCAACGUUCCCAUGACGUCUGUAGAAGUCGUUGUGACAACCACAGACCAGGAAAAGUUGACCACUCAGGACGCGGAGGAACCGAGCCUUGAGGCCGCCGCUAGUGACGAUAAGACGAUCUGUCCAGUCUGCAGCGAGAAGUUUGGUGGAGAUGAAGAAGAGUGGAUUGGGUGUGACGGUGAAUGCCAGCAGUGGUUUCACGUCAACUGUCUUCCUCCGGAGCUUGUCACGCCGGUCUUGCUGGAGGACAAGGAAAUGUUCUGCCCACAGUGUACUAAAUCAAGAAAACCUUCUGUGGAUUCGAUUCAGCAUUAACUAUUGCCUUGCUGUAUAUAGGGCACAGUCUCAUAGAGCUGCUUAAACAGAAAAUACUGCUUAACAAAUAGGACACACAGACAUGGUAGUUUGGCUAGUGGUAAGCACAAUUUUGUUGUUCUUAACUACUUAAGCUGCUUAAGCACACAAAGUAGCUAAGCACAGCAAUGUUAUGAUUACCAGAAUGAGUUUACCAGCCAAACUGCCUUGCCACAUGACACUUUGUGAUUGGUGUCACCUCUUUGGUCCCUGGUUUCGAAUCCAAUUUAAAGGGACAUGUUGCCUUGGAUGGGUCGAGUUUGUCCAUGAAACCGUUUGUUAUAGUGAAAAUAUUAUUAAAGAGGGGCUCCAAGGUUUCAUGAUGCACUCAUUUUCUAACCGAUAGAGUCCUUAAAUAUGAGAGAGAUUUUUAUUUCAACAACUUGGGAAUUUGUGUAGCUUUCUUUAUCAAUGAGACAAAACAAACAAUUCUUGACAGAAAUACAUACAUAUGUCUACACCUUUCAACAAAGACGGAAUUGUGAGUUGUACAUAGGUGUUUUUGUGAUAAUGUAAAAAAAUACCUCUUUAAAUAAAAGUUUCACAAAAUAAAAAAUAAUAAUUUGUAUGGUCUCCUUUUCUGCUUGUUGGGUUCUGAAGUUUGGUCCGAGACUUUGGAUUGCUAGGUGGCAGCAGACUUACCAAGUCUAUUGUUUGUAUAGUUCUAAGCAUGCGCAUAUUCCUGAGAAAAACGGAUUUACCUGGUAAGUCUGCUGCCACCUUGUGUUCCCAAAAGUCACCAAUUGAAAUGAUU